UUUCGAUUUUAUUAAUUCUGCUAAAUUUGUGAUUUUGAAUUUUUUUGUUUUCAUCAAAGAAAUCAUCAUCUUAUAAUGUUUAAAAGCUCAACUUAUCCGUUUGAUAAAACGCUUGAAAAAGCUACUAGUCUUACAAAUUUGGAACCUGAUUGGACCAGUAUAAUGCAAAUUUGUGAUGCAAUCCGUCAGAAUGAUGUCCAACCCAGAUAUGCAUUGUCAGCAAUCAAGAAAAAAUUGAAUGCAACCAAUCCAAAUGUGCAAUUGAUGGCUCUGAAAGUGUUGGAAUCAUGUGUUAAAAAUUGUGGACCCGUAUUGCAUUUCGAAUUGGCUACAAAAGAAUUUAUGGAAGAAUUACAUGCAAUGUUACGAAACACUGCUGAUGUUAAGGUUAAGAAUGAAAUUUUACGCAUCGUACAAGCAUGGGCACAUGCAUUUCGUAAAGAACCAUCAUUCAAAGCUGUCAGUGAUCAAAUGAGAUUGAUGAAAGCAGAAGGCUUUCAAUUUCCAACAUUGAAAGAAAGUGAUGCAAUGUUUUCCGCGGAUGUAGCACCGGAAUGGUCAGAUGGUGAAUGUUGUCAUCGUUGUCGUACACAAUUCUCCGUUAUGAAUCGUAAACAUCAUUGUCGUCAUUGUGGACAGGUAUUCUGUGCAAAAUGUUCGGCAAAAACAUCGACUAUUCCAAAAUUUGGUAUUGAAAAAGAGGUCCGUGUUUGUGAUCUUUGUUAUGAUAAAAUUAACAAAAAAAUCGAAAUAAAAACGAUGCCAAUCAAUGAUUCGGCUGAAAAUGUGGCUAAAGGAUCAACGAAUUCAUCGAAUCCAACAACACCAACCAAAACAAAAACUGAACAAGAAAUCCAGGAGGAAGAAGAGCUGCAACUUGCAUUGGCAUUAUCGAAAAGUGAAGCUGAAAGUCUUGAAUAUGAACGAAUGCGACAAUUUCGUAAAUCAAGCACUUCGUCUGGAAACAAUGGUCAAUCAAAUAAAUCUCACAAGAAAAGUUCAAAAUCAUCAAAAUUAAAAAGUAGUAAAAAAUCCUCUUCAUCGUCUUCAUUGGCAGCGAAAACUGAUCUGGAUAUUGAAAAUGAUGAUCCAGAAUUAUCUCGUUAUUUGAAUCGAGAAUAUUGGGAACAGCGAUCACAAAGUUUUGGUGAAUAUGAAUCAUCACCAUCGCCCAGUGCUCCACAAUCAUCAUUGAGUAAUUCUUCUUCAGCUGUCAAAGUGGAUAAUGAAUCAAAAUUGGCUUCUCAAAAUAAAUUUGGCCUACAGUAUGAUGCUGAAUUGGAAACUUUUAUGAAAAAUCUUCAAUCAACAAUUGAGAUUUUUGUCAAUCGGUUGCAAUCGAAUAAACUUCGUGGCCGCCCAAUUACAAAUGAUAGUGGUGUACAAGCAUUGUUUAUGAAUCUGACGGAUAUGCAUUCACAUUUGAUGAUGUAUAUGCAGCAGACAAGUGAAGACCGUUCUAAUUGUGAACGAUUACAGGAUAAAAUUCAACAGAUCCGUGAUGCACGUGCUGCAUUGGAUGCAUUACGAGAUGAACAUCGUGAACAAUUGAAACGUGCUGCAGCCGAAGCUGAACGUUUGCGUCAGCAACAAAUGGCACAAAAAUUGGAUAUAAUGCGUAAACAGAAACAACAAUAUCUGCAAUAUCAACGUGAAUUGGCCAUUCAACGAAUGCAAGAACACGAACGUGAAUUAAUGAUGAGAACAGAAUUGUUAAAAUUUGGCACAAAUCCGGCAUCGAUUGUACAAUCACAACAGCUACCACAACAACCACCAAUGCAAUGGAAUUCUGCAGCAUCAACAAUGGGUCAAUAUCAUCAACUUCCUGGAACUUAUUAUCAACAUCCAGAAAACCAUAGUGUAAAUUAUCAGCCUACAUCCAAUCCACAUGGCAUGGUGGCUACUCAACCACAACCGGCACCACCACCACAAAUGAUGCCUCAGCCUCCCACACAAUAUCCGCCUACAUCGACUGGUGGUCCAAAUUCUAUGAUACCACAACAGCAAUAUUAUUUGCCACAACCACAACAUCAACCAGCUGCUUAUAUGCCGCCACAGCCUGCUCAACAACCACAAUCUGUUGUACCAAACAAUGGAUAUCCGCCGGCAUCAUAUGGUGGUGGAAUGCAAGCACCACCACCACCACCACCACAAUCACAUCAUCCCGAACAGCAGCAACAGCAACAACAACAACCAGAACCAAUUAAAGAGCCAGUAAAAGAAGAAUUAUUAAUUAAUUUCGAUUAAAUUGGACAUGCAUACUCAUCAAUAAUUCGAACAGCACUUUUGUUUUUUAUUGAUUGAUUAACGAUAUAUAUAAUAAUAAUAAAAUAUUU